AUGGACAGCACUAAGCUCUCUGUUUUACUCUUGAAUGCUUUCCUCUUAUGCCUGUCUUGUGCUGAGGAUGAGAUAGCACCUCUAUCCUGCCCAGAGUACCAAGAGAGCUUUGACGGCUCCUGUUAUGAGUUUGUGGGUCCACCUCGUUCGCGUUCCUUCCUCAGUGCACAGGGUUGGUGUGAGCGAGGUGGUGGACACCUGGCCUUCAUUUUAAACGACGAAACCCAGCAGUUCCUACAGAAGCACCUGCAGAUGGAGCAGGACUGGUGGCUGGGUCUGGCACCUGCCUCCCCAAACCUAACACUGGACUCUGCUGCUGCUGAGGGUCCUCUCUCCUGGCUUGAUGGCUCUGAUGUCAGCUACUCUAACUGGGUGAACGACCCUGAUCCAGGGGCUGGCUGUGGUCACAUACUGAGGAGCUCAGGGUUUCAGUGGGAGGCAACAAGCAACUGUAGCCAGGAGCUGCACUUCAUCUGCCAAUUUGAAUCUGGGCGCUCCAUUGCUUGUGCUGCCCACAAUGCAACACUACAGUGUGGUUCUGGUCAGGUGAUAGAGAUUGAUGACAGCUUCUAUGGUCGUAAGACGGUUCACUACUGCCGGACGAGUCCCACUUCUUCAGCCACCUCCACACAGGAGGAGUGUAGCUGGAUAGAUGUUGUAGAUUCAGUGACAGGAGACUGCCAUGGGCUGCAGGCGUGCCAAGCCAUGGCAGAUGUGGCCUCUUUUGGUGAACCAUGCCCAGGGCUUGGAAGCUACCUGUCUGUGGAAUACAACUGCAAAGAUGGUCUCCACUUAUUAAUGAGCAAGUUGGCUGCCGUCUUUGACAAUGUCUCCAUAACAGUGAAGUGGCUUCUCCAUCCCUUCCAGGGCAACCUGACCUGCACUCUAAGUGCUGGAGAUGGGCACAACAUUGAUCCUUAUAGUCCAGAAGAGUUGGAGAGCAGUGUGGUUCAUAAAUACACCCGUCCGGGUGUCUUCAUAGUUGGGGUGGAGUGUACCACCAGUGAGUGGCAUGUGACAGCUCAGAAAGCAAUCACCAUUCAGGAGCCCAUCGGGGAGUUUGGCGUCAUUAAGUGCUAUAGCAUGAACCAAUCAACAGAUGGAGCAAACUGCAAGGCCCUGUAUGGUAGUCCCCUUCAAAUCCAGGUUGAAGUAGAAUCUGGUACGAAUGUGACCUACAAAGUCCACCGUGGUGAGAUGUUGGUGGCCAAUUCAUCAGCAGUCAGAGGAAUCGUCCCCCACAACAUCACAAUGGGACCAGAGGUGGAGCAACAACUGGGCUCUGGCUGCCACCAGCUGACCCUGCAUGCCUCUAACGGGGUCUCGGUCUUGGGCGUGUCCACUGAGCUGCAGGUGUGUCUGCUGGAGCCUGUGGAGGGCCUGCAGGGAUCAGUGAUGGCUGAGGAGGGAGAGUGUCCAGACUCAGACCUCUACGUUAGUGUCUCCCUGGACCGGGGGUCCCCGGUGAAGCUUCUCUUCCAGGUGUCUGGAGCCAACGACAGCAUCUCCGAGACCAGAGACAUGCAAAACAGAAGCAUGCAGGUUUACAAUAUCUCAACCACUAUCCAAGGAGAUUUGCAAGUGAAAGUCAGGGCCUGGAAUGUCUUCUCACACAUGGACGUGGAUGUGGGGAACACAGCAGCAGUGUGGCCAGCCAACUCCAGUUCCUCAGUGGAGAAUCUGCAGUCUGUGGUUGAGAACACUGUCGCUCAGCUAGAGCAGCAGGGGUUGCUCACUGGGGAGACCCUAGGACAGAUGUUCAAGUCUGUGUCUGACAUUCUGAACAAGGGCUCCAGUGAGGAUCAGAAAGGUGCCAGGGAGGAGCUGCGAGAACAGAUGCUGAGCACCAUGACUGCAGUGCUGAAGAAUGUCCCCAACAACACUCCUCAGGAAGUGCAGCUGACGGCCAGAGCAGUGGCAGGGAUCACCAAGAGGAGGGAAGAGGUCAAUUCCGCUGCUCAGCUAGAAGCUAGCUCCCUGGUGGCAGAGCUCAGCUCUUCCCUCCUCUAUAUGAAUGUCAGUGAGCAUGGUGGACAAGAGAUGGUGCAGGCAGCUACACCAAUUGUAGAGGCAGCCAGCAAUAUCCUGGGAGUCUCUUCAAAUGCAAGCACACAGAGAAAGGUCUCAAAGACUCUCCUGAACAGUAUGGACAAUGUGCAGAGUGCACUGUUAAAUGGUAAAAAGGUUGGCCAGGAGCCUGCCAUUAUCAAGAGCCCUGAGAUCAGUGUGUAUGCUAACAGGAUGUCUCCAAAUAGCAUUCAGAUGCAGUCUAUAAACAUCCCAGAUAGCUCCUCUGCAAGCUUUUCCUUCCCUCCCCUGGGUGCUGAUGUCCUUUCUCCAGAGGAACCAGUGGAUGUGCGAAUGCUGAGUUUUGAGAAGAACCCUUAUUCUUGGAGUGAGGGGGGUAACAUCAGUGGUGCCAUGGCGUCUGUGACACUCACCAGACAGGAUGGAUCAGCCAUCCCUGUGGAGAACCUGUCUGAGGAAAUUGAGAUCCUCUUGCCGAGACUUGAAGGCGGGCAGGUAAACAGCACAAUCCUUGAACUGGGAAACUACAGCACACUGAUGAUUGACGUCCCUUCACCAGACAUAACACUGGUGCUAAAGAUGGAGCCCUCAGAGGACAUACCAUUUGUACUGUUGCUGGGGUAUAAAGACUACCCAAAGGACAAGCAAUAUGUAGCCAAGACGCAGAUGCCUCAUCAAGGCAAUUCACAAGAGAGAUACACCUGGGUCCUGGGUCCCAAUGAUUUGACAGGAAAAGUUGGGGUGCAUUACCUUGUGGUGAGGCCCAUUGUAGAAGCAGGGGUUAAAUCUGUCAAUGCCACUAUGACUGUCACCUCCAUUGCUGCUCAGUGCAAGUAUUGGAAUGAAACCUUAUCCACCUGGAGUGAAGAUGGCUGCAGGGUUGGUCCUUUAACCACGUCAUUGGUCACUCAAUGCUUAUGUAACCAUUUGACCUUCUUCGGGAGCUCUUUCUUCAUCAUGCCCAACCUUGUGGAUGUGUCCCGUACCACUGAGCUCUUUGCCACCUUCUCAGACAACCCUGUGGUGGUGUGCUUUGUUGGUGCCAUCUUCAUUGCUUAUCUCUUGGUGGUCGUGUGGGCACGCAGGAAGGACAUCAAGGACAUAGCCAAGGUGAAGGUAACAUUGUUGGAAGAUAAUGACCCCUUGGCUGAAUACCGUUACAUGCUGAAUAUCAGCACUGGGCAUCGGCGUGGUGCUUCCACCUCCUCUCAGGUUACUGUGACUCUGCUGGGCACGGAGGGAGAGAGUGAGCCACACCACCUCGCUGACCCUGACAAGCCUGUGUUUGAGAGGGGGGCAGUGGAUACGUUCCUGUUGACCACACCCUUCUCUCUGGGGGAGCUGCAAAGCAUCAGGCUGUGGCACGACAACUCAGGGGGGCACCCUGCCUGGUAUAUAAACAAAGUGACGGUGCAGGAUCUAGAAACUGGACAGAAGUGGCACUUCCUGUGUAACUCAUGGCUGGCCAUAGAUAUGGGCGAGUGCAUCCUUGAUAAAGUCUUCCCUGUUGCCUCUGACAUAGAUUUGAAGAAAUUCAGUAAUCUGUUCUUCAUGAAAACGGCAAAGGAUUUCCGUGAUGGCCACAUCUGGUUUUCUGUGAUUAGCCGGCCUCCAACGAGCACCUUCACAUGUGUCCAGCGAGUCUCCUGCUGUUUCUCUCUGCUGCUGUGUACCAUGCUGACCAGCAUCAUGUUCUGGGGCAUCCCUACCGACCCCUCUGAGCAGACCAUGGACCUGGGUCAUAUCGAGUUCACCUGGCAGCAGGUGAUGAUCGGCGUUCAGAGUUCAAUCAUAAUGUUUCCAAUUAAUCUCCUCAUUGUGAGUAUCUUCAGAAACACCCGCCCCCGAGAGACGAAGCCUGGAAAGCCCAAGGCAGAGGUAUCCAAGCAGGGGAAGACUGGCAGAGUGACUCCUUCACAGCCUCCGUCCCCACAGAGGGAGAGAGAACUCACACCAGACACUGUCAUAAAGGACAUAAAGAAGAUUGCUCAGUCACUCUCCAAGGCUAUGAAGAGCCCCAUUCCACACCUGGAGUUAGAGAUGAAGCCUGGACAACAAACUGAUAUCAACUCUCUGCUCUCUCUGGUGGAGGACAUCAUCCGGCAGCAGAACAGAGCCAGUGGAGAGUUCUACACUGAUGCCUCCAAGAAAGAGGGAUCGCUCAUUCUCUCACUAGAGGUAGCCAAUCUGCAAGAGACCAGCCUGUGUGGGAGCCCUGAGAAGACUGGGGAUGGGAGACAGAAAAGGAUCAACAACAGCCAAUAUCUGUACAGGCAGCUACGCCAUGUAGAGAAGGAGCUGAGCCUACUGGGACCUUCUCGCUUCCCCAACCCAGACAGCUACUGCCGGGCAGUGCAGCAGGUCCAAGGCAUGAGGGGUCUGCUAGAGUCCCACCUCUCCUCUUCCAGCCUGGGAGGGGACCAGCUGUCUCAAAGCCCCAGCCCAGCAGAGAGCAGUGAGGGAGACAGCAGUAGUAAGAAGCAGGGCGGGCUGCCCUGGUGGUUUGUGUUUAUUGGCUGGAUUCUGGUGUUAGCCACCAGCGGAGUAUCAGGAUACUUCACCAUGAUGUAUGGGUUGACCUAUGGGAAGGACCGCUCUAUAAGCUGGCUCAUCUCCAUGGUCGUGUCUUUCUUUGAGAGCCUCUUUAUCACUCAGCCGCUGAAGGUGCUUGGUUUUGCAGCCUUCUUUGCUCUCGUUCUAAAGAAAGUUGAUCAGGAGGAGUAUGGGGAUGCAAAGUUUGAGGGGGAGCUCCGAAACCCAGAUGACCCUGAUGUGGUGCGGGCUGUCAGGAGGGAUAGCACAUGCAGCUUCUACCAGCCCCCUCCUCCAACAGACAUCGAGAGGAUGAGGAGCAACAUGAUCAAGGAGCAGAAGGUCUUUGCCCUCAUCAAAGAGAUUCUCACCUACAUGGGGUUCAUGUGGAUGUUGCUCCUGGUGGCAUAUGGCCAGCGGGACCCUAAUGCUUACUUCCUGACUCAGCACAUUCGGCAGAGUUUCAGCCAAGGGAUCUCAGACAGCAUGAGUCACAAAGAUGUGUUCACCUGGGCAAAUACCGCUCUUCUCAGCAACCUCUUCGGAGAGUACCCAGGUUUCAUCACUGAUGGGAACUCCAAACUGGUUGGUAAUGCCCGACUUCGCCAGGUGAGGGUGCAGAAGAACUCCUGCCGCAUCGCCCGCUCCAUGCGCCAGGCUGUACCUGACUGCCAUGCUCCAUACUCAUGGGAGGUGGAGGACAUGGGCUCCUAUGGGCCAGGCUGGAACCGCUCUGCGAGCGAAAACGCCUCAAAGACCCUCCACAGUCCCUGGCAGUACCAAACCCAGGCCAGACUCAGAGCCCAACCCACCUGGGGCAGUGUGGUCCUCUACAAGGGAGGGGGGUUUGUGGUGGACCUGGGCCCAGAGUCACAGAAUGCUAGCAGUACCCUUCAGUAUCUGUUUGACAACACCUGGCUUGAUAUGUUCACCCGAGCAGUCUUUGUAGAGUUCACAGUGUACAAUGCCAAUGUCAACCUCUUCUGCACUGUCACACUCAUGCUGGAGACCACAGCUGUAGGAGCGUUCCAGUUUCGCAGUGAGCUGCAGAGUGUCCGACUAUACCAGUCCACCGGUGGACUCCAUAUCUUUGUCAUGGCAUCUGAGGUCAUCUAUUUCCUCUUUAUCCUCUACUAUAUGUAUGUUCAGGGAAAGCUGAUGAAGCUGCAGAAGUGGGCUUACUUCAAGACAAAGUGGAACCUGCUGGAGCUCGCCAUCAUCCUCCUGAGCUGGAGCGCGCUGUCUGUCUUCAUUAAGAGGACCCUGUUAGGGAACCGGGACAUGGAGUACUACCACAACCAUAAAGACCAGUUUGCCAGUUUCCAUGAGACAGCCACAGCAGAUGCAGUGCUGGGGUAUCUGAUCGCAUUCCUGGUGCUACUGGCUACAGUCAAACUGUGGCAUCUGCUGAGGCUCAACCCCAAGCUACACAUGAUCACAGCCACACUGCAACGGGCCUGGACUGACAUAUCAGGCUUCCUCGUGGUCAUCACCAUUAUGUUCCUGGCCUAUUCUAUCGCUUCUUAUCUAAUGUAUGGCUGGAAGCUGUACUCAUAUAGGACUCUCCUGGAUGCUGCUCUGACCAUGGUCAGCUUACAACUGGGCAUCUUCAACUAUGAUGAGGUUCUUGAUUACAACCCGGUGCUUGGUGCGUUCCUCAUCGGCUCCUGCAUUAUAUUCAUGACCUUUGUGGUUUUAAACCUGUUCAUCUCAGUCAUCCUGGUGGCGUUCACUCAAGAGCAAAUACAUCACAAGCCCUCAGAGGAGGAGGAGAUAGUGGAUCUGAUGCUGAUGAAGCUCUGCAGCUUGUUUGGAAUCAAAAUGAUGAAGAAGGAGGAGAAAGAAGACAGUGACAACCCCAAGGAGAAUGGCAUGACUGCCUCAGCAACUAACAAAGGAUUCUCCACUAUAUCCUCAUAGAUGUUACUUCUAAGUACUGGUGUAUCACUCUGUAUGUAUUCAUAGUGAGCUGUCAUUUUCAUUUCUGUUGCUUUCUAGGAGCGGUGAUGCUUUUGUUGACUUGUUGCCUCUAGCUGUUCAAUUAUCUAACAUAUCACGCAUAAAUGAGGCUAUUUGUGCCGUUUUGUGAUCUAAUGCAAAGCUUUAAAAAGAAGUUAGAGGAAAUAACAGCUCCUUCUGUUACCUCACACUCUGUCAGAAAUACACAUAUGUAUGGUUACUAUGGUAACAUGUUAGGAGACAACAAUGAGGAGAGAAGGAUACAAAGAUAA